AGACUCGGUAAGGCCAUGGGUGUGAACCACCUGAGCACGGUGGGCGGAGGCUUCUACGUGCUCUACCUCUUCUUUCAGCUGCACAUGGUGUGGGUGGUGCUGCUCAGCCUGCUCUGCUACCUCAUCCUCUUCCUCUGCCGGCACUCCACCAUCCGCGGCACCUUCCUCUGCAUCACCGUGCUCAUCUACCUGCUGCUGGGGGAGGCUCACAUGACAGACACCACCACUUGGCAUAAGAUGAGAGUUUCCCAGAUGGUGGUUGCCAUGAAGGCCAUCUCGCUGGCCUUUGACCUCGACCGAGGGGUGGUGGAGAGCGUCCCGUCCCCGGUGGAGUUCAUGGGCUACAUCUACUUUGUGGGUACGGUGAUCUUCGGACCCUGGAGCAGCUACAACAGCUACAAGGAAGCCGUGGAGAGUAGAGAGCUGAGUUUCGCAUGGCUCCGGAAAACCUUCACCAGCUGGGCUAAGAGUGGGUUCUGCCUGCUCGUCUCAAACUGUGUGGCUCCUUAUCUCUUCCCCUACUUCAUUCCCAUCUCCACUGACAAACUGCUUCGGUGGCUGCUGGGUUACGAGAACACCCUCUCCUUCCACUUCAGCAACUUUUUUGUGAGUUACCUCAGCGAAACCACCGCCACUCUGGCCGGCGCUGGCUUCACAGUGGAGAAGGAGAACCUCAAGUGGGACUUGACUGUGGCUAAGCCACUGAGCGUGGAGUUCCCCAGGUCCAUGGUAGAGGUGGUGACGUCAUGGAACCAGCCCAUGUCCUCCUGGCUCAACACCUAUGUUUUUAAAAGUGCUCUGAAGUUCGGCAGUUUCACUGCCAUCCUCAUAACGUACUCAGCGAGUGCUUUGCUUCAUGGUUUGAGCUUCCAUCUCGGGGCUGUUCUGUUAUCUCUGGGCUUCAUUACGUAUGUGGAGCAUGGGCUAAGGAAAAGGCUGGCCACUGUCUUUAAUGCCUGCGUCUUAUCCAGACCAUGCAAGCCAGACUGCAGUCAUGCACACAAGAAGGGCUGGUGGGUGCGCCUCCUAAACCUGCUCUUCAGUGGCCUGACUCUCCUUCAUCUGGUCUACCUGGGCUCGGUGUUCGACUCCAACUCAGAUGACAUGGACGAAGAGGAGGACAGCAUAGCCAAUCACACCAUCAGGAAGUGGACGGAGCUGAGCUGGUCCAGCCACUGGGUCACCUUCAUCAGCUGGGUGCUCUACCGCAUGGUCCUCUAAUAUCACAAGCACAACAGCACAUCAGCAGCAGCAGCAAAGAACCAAGGGAGAACAGUCACGUCUAUGGGACCAGGACUGCAGAAAACCAGGGUAGAGAAGAGAAGAAUGCAGAAGAGAAGAGAAGAGUGGAGGAAAAAGGACAGUAGAAAGCAAUACAUGAAGCAACUUUAUACCUGCUUCGGUCCCGCCCUGUUUUAGAGGCAAACCUCUAUCCAUCUGUCUAUCUACUGCAUCUAUGUAUCUACCGGGACACAGGCCUUGAAGACUGCACUGUGAAGUAGUACUACACCUGAACUGCGCAACACCAACACAGACAUCGCAAACACUGAACUGCACAAGACAGACAAUGUAAAUAGACACACACACACACGAGCACACAUGCACAUACACAUACACACUUCCUUCACCCCUAACCUUGUCAACAACCAACUGAAUCACAGUAACGCUGCUGAAAACCCCCGACCCUUACUUGCCAGUAUUGCACAAUGAAGAACCAGGAAGACACACUGGCCCUUGGCAAACACUACAUCACCUUCACUACACCACCUAGACUCCAUUUAACUCCACUUUAGCUCUCAAUAUUUUACUCUCAUUCAUUGUCGUUUUUUUACGUGCUUGUUACAAGAGGAUAUAUUGAACAAAUCCAUCUGUUUACAGUUUGCACAGAUGAAUUUAUGUGAGGUGACUUGAACAAGCAUACCUUUAAUUCUGAACAGGAAGAAAGAAAACCAGUAUUCUCUGACAUCAUCAUAGCAUUAAUGUUUGAACUGGAAUGGUUGAACUUGAUUUGCCAGAGUGUGUAAGGGAUUAUUAGAUAGACAAGACAGGGACCUCAGUUACAGGUUCCUUGCAGUUCUGGUGAUAGUUCCGGCGAUAGCAUCCAAGUGUGGUUCUUCUUCAGUGCUUUUCCUGUGGAACCCUUUUGCUUAUCAGGCAUCUUCUUCGCUUUCAGUGGUCUACAAACUACAAACAGAGUUGACCCACAUAGCGGGGUGUUAAGAACCGACCUUUGGGCCAGGCACCACUUCAUAACACUUUCAGAAUGGCACGUCAAUUGGAUCAGAACCAAGGCACAUGUGGUCAGUAGCCAGUGCUGCUGAUGUGUGCACCUAGUGUAUAGACUGGUGUGGGGGGCCCUGGGGUCAACUGCUCCCACUGUUGUUCAGCUGAGUGACUCACAUUGGUGCAGCAUGCAGCCCUGCUUUCGAGAGAGGCACCACUGUCUGUCUCUCUCUGCCUUAGGCUUACACAUACACACAGCACCAAGCUACUCCACUCAACCGUGUCAAUGGCGCUAUAAAUAGCAGCCUAGUUGACUAGUUUUGGGGGAGCGUUUUUCAAGCAGACUGAAACAGGUACAGUAGUUCAGAAUCUGGCUGCAGCUCUGACUUGAACGCGAUGGUGUUGUCAAUGUGAAAUGAGGUUUUCCAGGUCAGUGAGAAACCACAUGUUGUUCAGAGACAUCCCACCAGUUGAUUUAUUCACGCAUAUCACCCUGCGACUAAAGCAAUCAGGUCAGUUCCAGAAUUGUAGCAAAGCCACCAGUGAACACACCAACUCGGUCUAGAGUGUCCUCCACGCUAACAUAACGAGACACACAGCCACAUUUAUUUUCUAGCUAUAUGCUGUGUACUUUAAGACAGGAGUUCAGGGCAGGGAUUUUCUCACUUCUACAGCAUUGCCAUUGUCUUUUUUGUCUGUCCUCAAAGCAUUCUGGUGUGGUUUCAAAAGAAUUUAACUGUAAUAUUGUUGAUUAGAUAGUUCAGUUUAUUCAUAUUCACAUCAAUU